CGGGCAGAUGAUUGCUUAAGUUUGUGAAAUCAACUCAAAGCUUAAUAAUGAAACUGUUUGUUGCUCUCACAGUCCUUGUGGCUGUUGCCUCAGCGGCACCUCAAUUCGGUGGUGGUAACGCUAACGCUAAUGCUGACGCUAACGCUAGUGCCCAAGGAGGUGGUCAAGGUGGAUUCGGUGGUCCUGGAUUCGGCGGCAAUCGUGGUGGUCCCGGUGGUGGAUUCGGCGGACAAGGAGGAUUUGGCGGCGGUCCUGGUGGUCCUGGUGGAUUCGGCGGUGGCGGCCAAGGAGGAUUUGGCGGCGGUCCUGGUGGUCCUGGUGGAUUCGGCGGUGGCGGCCAAGGAGGAUUUGGCGGCCAAGGAGGAUUUGGAGGUCCAGGAGGUGGAUUUGGAGGAAACCGCGGCGGCGGCGGCGGUGGCUCAUCUAGCGCAUCUGCCUCCGCAUCUGCCAGUGCCAAUAGCGGUGGUUUCGGUGGUGGAAACUCCAACGCCAACGCCAACGCAAAUGCCAAUUCAAACGCUUUCGGCAAAUAAGCUUCACAAUUAAACAUCAUCUUUGUAAAUUAUUUCAAUAAUCAUUGAAUGUCAAUAAAAAUCAUAAUUAAAAUUAGAAAA